AUAAUGAUAAAGUAUCUAUAACGGAAAUUGAUGUCCGGGACAAUAGACAAAAUCUAACAUUGGAUACGAUCAAAAGUGAAGGAUCCUCAGAUACUACAGAACCAGCAGGAUCAUUUGGCGAAGAAGAAGCUGCUGAAUUGGAAGCAGGAACUGCCAAGACAGAUAUGUCAGAAAUUAAGGAUGAAACUAUUUAUGACGAUAAUAUACAAAUGGCAGAUUCGCAAUCACUUAAUGAAGAAAACGAAGAAAUGAGGUCAACAACCUCACAAGCUGAAUCUAAAGAGCAGCUUACACCAUCAGCAACAACAUCCACACAUCACAUGGAUACGAUUACAAAUUCUAGUCCAGGAGAUGCUCAUGAAAGCGAGACUAUUCCAGGAGCCGACGCAUCUGGUAUAUAUGGUUUUUUAUGUUUCAG